AGCCGGAGGCACCGGCGCGGCGGCUGGAGAUGCGCAGCGGCCGCGCUCCGCUGUCCGAGGAGCUGCCCCGCCGGCCGCAGGGCCCCAAGGCAGAAGCCGGCUCUUCUUCUUGAUCCGCCAUGGACGCCGCGGGCCGGCGCCUGCUGCUGGGCGUCAGCCUGGCCCUCAGCGCCCCGGCCGCCGAGGCUUUCGGCAACGAGACCACGUCCUCCUACAACGAGACGACCACAAAGUCCCCGGAGGGCGGCGCCCCGCAGCCCCUGCUCAUCGGCGCCCUGGUGCUGGUCUUGCUGCUCAUCCUCGGCGUGCUCCUGGGCAGCUACUUCUUCAGGUUCAGAAGGCAGAGGAAGGCGGCCGUCAGCUCCAACGACAAGAAGAUCCCCAAUGGCAUCUUGGAGGAGCAAGAGCAGCAAAGAGUGAUGCUCCUGAGCCGCUCGCCGUCGGGGCCCAAGAAGUACUUCCCCAUCCCCGUGGAGCACCUGGAGGACGAGAUCCGCCUGCGCUCCGCCGACGACUGCAAGAGGUUCCGCGAAGAGUUCAACUCCCUGCCUUCGGGACACACCCAGGGAACGUUUGAAAUGGCCAACAAGGAAGAGAACCGGGAAAAGAACCGCUACCCCAACAUCCUGCCCAACGACCACUCCAGGGUGAUUCUCAGCCAGGUGGACGGGAUCCCGUGCUCGGACUACAUCAACGCUUCCUACAUCGACGGCUACAAAGAGAAGAACAAGUUCAUCGCUGCUCAAGGCCCCAAACAAGAGACGGUCAAUGACUUCUGGAGGAUGAUCUGGGAGCAGAAGUCGGCCACCAUCGUCAUGCUGACCAACUUGAAAGAAAGGAAAGAGGAGAAGUGCCAUCAGUACUGGCCGGACCAGGGAUGCUGGAUGUAUGGAAACAUCCGGGUCUCGGUGGAAGACUGCAUCGUCCUGGUGGACUACACCAUCCGGAAGUUUUGCAUCCAGUCGCAGCUUCACGAUGGCUGCAAAGCCCCCCGGCUGGUGACCCAGCUCCACUUCACCAGCUGGCCCGACUUCGGGGUGCCCUUCACCCCCAUUGGGAUGCUGAAGUUUCUGAAAAAAGUGAAGACAUUGAAUCCUUCCCACGCAGGGCCCAUCACCGUUCACUGCAGUGCCGGCGUGGGCCGCUCGGGCACCUUCAUUGUCAUCGACGCCAUCAUAGACAUGAUGCACGCUGAGCAGAAGGUCGACGUCUUCGAGUUCGUCUCCAGGAUCCGUAACCAGCGGCCUCAGAUGGUUCAGACUGACAUGCAGUACACGUUCAUCUACCAAGCCUUACUAGAAUACUACCUCUACGGGGACACCGAGCUGGACGUGGCCUCCCUGGAGAAGCACCUCCAGUCCCUCCACAGCCCCACGGCGCCCUUGGACAAGAUCGGCCUGGAGGAGGAGUUCAGGAAAUUGACAAACGUUCGAAUAAUGAAAGAAAACAUGAGAACGGGCAACUUGCCGGCAAACAUGAAGAAAGCGCGCGUCAUCCAGAUCAUUCCAUAUGACUUCAACCGAGUGAUUCUGUCGAUGAAAAGGGGCCAAGAAUACACGGACUACAUCAACGCCUCCUUCAUAGAUGGCUAUCGGCAGAAGGACUAUUUCAUCGCCACGCAAGGACCGCUUCCACACACGGUGGAAGACUUCUGGAGGAUGGUGUGGGAGUGGAAAUGUCACACAAUCGUGAUGCUGACCGAGGUCCAAGAGAGGGAGCAGGAAAAAUGCUUCCAGUAUUGGCCGGCAGAUGGCUCUGUGACUUACGGGGAGAUCAAUAUUGAACUAAAGAGCGACACGGUGUCGGAGGCCAUCAGUGUGCGAGAUUUCUUGGUGACUUUUAAUCAGGAGAAGAAGAGCAGACUGGUCAGACAGUUCCACUUCCACGGCUGGCCUGAGAUCGGGAUCCCCGCCGAAGGGAAAGGGAUGAUCGACCUCAUUGCCGCUGUCCAGAAGCAGCAGCAGCAGACGGGCAACCACCCCAUCACUGUGCAUUGCAGCGCCGGAGCGGGGCGGACAGGUACGUUCAUCGCGCUCAGCAACAUCCUGGAGCGAGUGAAAGCCGAGGGACUCUUGGACGUCUUUCAGGCCGUGAAGAGCUUGCGGCUGCAGCGGCCACACAUGGUGCAAACCUUGGAACAGUAUGAAUUCUGCUAUAAAGUGGUACAAGAUUUCAUCGAUAUAUUUUCUGAUUAUGCUAACUUCAAAUGAAGAUUCCUGCCUUAAAAUGUUUUUUUUUUAUUUAAUGGUCAGUACAGAUGUUUGUAAAUCUUGUUAAUUUAUUUCAUAGUUGACAUUAAUAUUGUUUCUAAUUCCCGUGUAUAUAUUUUGUUACACUUUAAAUAUCACCCUGCUCUAAAAGGUAGAAAUUAAACAAUAGCAUCAUCUUUUUUUUUUUUAAUUGGCAUAACAUGUUAAGUAAAAUAACAUUCUACACACAUGUAUAUAUUGCUCAGCCGAAGGCCUUGUCAGCAGUUAAUAGUGCAUUUCAUUUCAAAGGUCGAGCAGCUCAGAAUUUUGUACGGCCGCCAUUGGAGCUCAAAAGAUGAAUAUUCCUUCACACGCUUAUUUCUGAUGCCGAAACAGUCAUUUCCAUCGUCGGUCAGACAGUUCAGGCAGGUUUUCUGAACGCCACCAGACGUGAAAGCUCUGGCCCUUUCCCCCUUUUAGGCCGUCACCUCCAAGUCUGGUUCAUUCAGAGGGUUUUUUAAGUCUUCUAUUUUAAUCUACAUAUUUCAUUUUCAUUUUUAAAAAUUAUGUAUCAUUUCAAAACCUGGAUCCAGGUCUGGAGCAUAGGAUAAUCAGUUUGUAUACCUACACACAUGUACAUAAGUAGGCGUGUAUGUGUGUAUGUGCUUUGGCCGGGGCUGUCUCCGUGGGCCCCAGCUCCGUACCUGUUGGGUGGGCCUCUGGAGUGCCCACCUCGCCUCUAAGGAGCACCUCAAAAACCUCCCCAUUAUUCAGGCCUGCCUCCAAUUCGGGGACCCCGGAGAUGCCUCGGCCCAAGCUCUGUCCCUGAAGGACGCCAAAAGCAACCUCCCCCCUCAGAAAACACCCCAUGAGUUCCCCAAGUGUCAUUCCAGAUUUUCCCAUGAGCCAGAAAGUCUUCGAAGCAGAGUGCUUAAGCGGAAGUCUUCAGAGAAAUGGAAAUAAUUCUCCUUCAGAUUCUCUGGAAAACACGUUAGUGUGAAAACUUGUCCUGUGUAAAGAACUUAAUUCUUUAUUUUAACACUUUUAAAGUCUGUCUAGAUUUGUAUGAUCUUUUUAAAAGUAUCUCUUAAGGUUAAAACAGAGAUGAGGAAAUCCUCCCACAAAAGUAGUUUGUUUGGGGAGUGUGAUGACCUUAUGUACGGGAGGAAGAUCAAUCCUUCCACAGAACAGGACCGCCACGGAGAACAGAAGGUGGGAGAGGAGGAAGGCCAAACGCCUGAUUUAACCUAAGGAUCUUAAGACAGAGAUAUAUGAGCACAAAAAAAAAAAAAAAUCUCAAUCCCAUUUGAUCUAACUUAUUGCACCGGCUGGACCCACUGGAUGAAAAGUCUCACUGAGAAGUCAGGCAGUCCCAGAGCUGGACGUUCUGGUCUGACAGAACUACUCUGACCCGUGCAGGAAGACUUUUUGGACUCAGAAUCGCUCCAGUCGGUAAGAGAAGGCACAAGUACACGUUUCACCUCUCCUUAAGAGGUGUGGGGUCCCCAGCUGGAGGGAUCCAGAGCCCAGCCUGGGACCCUGCCUUGUACAGCCCAUGGGCAUCUGGGCAGCCCUGGACCUUGUCAGCACACCCUGGAUGUCUCCAGUGAUGGGAGGACGGGUCCUGGGGGACAAUGGGGAUGUUUGCCUGGUUACACAAGAGGAAAGCAAGAGGCUAGAAAUCUGCUGCAGCCGUGCAGGAAUCAUGGGAGUGAAAGCCAGGCUACAGAUUCUCUCCUCCGGCCCUCUCAGUUUUUAGGGGAGGAGACUGAGGGUCUGAGAAGUCAGGGAACUGCCCACGCCCUGUAGGGAGUAAGUAGCAGAGUCUGGAUUCCAAUCCGAGUCCUCUACCUACAAAUCUGGUAACAAUGUUGAUGCAUUGGAGCAUUUUCAGGGCAAAUCCAAGUGCCGUGUUCUGGGUUUUGUUUUUUAAUCUUAAAUCGAUCCUGGUUACUUGCCUGGAUUCUGGUUCUUGAGCACCCUUACCUGCUCAGAGCUGACAGCUCCAAUCAGGAAACACUGUGCUACCCCAAAUUACAGACGAGGAAACUGAGACCCAUGGAGGGAAAGUGACUUGGCCAAAGGGAUACGGGAAGCCACCCCUCUCUCGGGCCAGUCUGCCACUGUGUGAUCUCCAAGGGAUGGAGACGAUCUCUCCACUGUUUUCUUUUUUCCACAUCAACCCAAUAAAUAAAUUCAUUAAACUUUCCACAGCAGAGAAGGUCCGGGAUCCCCUGCCCCCUUUUAGGAGUAGAGCUUGACAAACCCAGAGCUCUGGGCUUUGUCCUGUGGGCCCCGCAUUGAUGGCGACCACGCUUCCAUUCCCCCGACGUGGGCCGUGACCCGGCAGAAGACCCUCAUCCAUCGUGUUCCCCCAGAUCACCGCCGGGUCCGAUGCUCCUAAAGUAGACGGGAGAGACCGAUCUGGAGAGACGCGUCCUCCUGGUCAGAGAAAGCCGGCCCUUGGGGGCCCGCAGCCUCCUGCUGACGAGGUUCCUCUGUUGCAUGUAACUAUUAAAUGCCAAAUAAUGAUGAGAAGACCCCUUCUGAUCUGUAUGCUUUCUUGGUCACCGUGUGACCGCCUGAGCUCUUUCCUUCCUGUGUUACAUUAAUGACGAAUGCAGAUCAUGCUUUCAAAAGGUAUUUUUAUGUGUUUUUAAGGACUUUUCCAAAUGAGCCUGACACUUGUGUUUCAGCAUUUUGAGACAUUUCCACGUUAUCUUUUUUUAAAAAUGCAAGAUUAUGGAUACAUUUUUGUUUAACUAAAUUGUAUUUAAUUUAUGCGCAGUCUUUGUAAUUAUGUAUGUACGAUACCGUCUCAGCCAUCACGCCUUUUUUGAUUUCACUUCUAAUUUGAUCUGGCUCUGUUUCUCAUGCCAGGGAAUGUUGCUGAAUUCUUUGUAUAUGCAAAUUGCAAGAUCUAAUACAUUUGGAGGGGAAGAGCAAUCUUCCCUCGCCUUUUCAGCCUGCA